AUGCCAAGAGAAUUUACUCUUGCCAGACACAUGUUUUCAAUGGCACACGUAUCGCAGUUUUGCAAAGAUCGAAAUUUAGAUUUUGCCGGAUCGUCAACCAUCAAUGAUUCCAGUUAUUAUCCAUCUUUAUUUUUUCACAACAGCAAUUCAAUGUUUGCCGCAUACAAAACGAGAGACAACGAUUUCCUGCGAUAUCACGAUCUGCCUGCAACCGAUCUGUCAACGGAAGUUGCUUUGGAUCUAUCAUUUAAACCGUCCACACCGAUCACGCCGCCGUCGACUCCGUCACCAUCAUCUCCGUCUCAGACGAAAAAAAAAGAGGGAAAAUUUUCAAAUUGUUUGACACCUUUAGGACAAGACUCGAAUGCGAAGAAAAUAAAAUUACAACAUAAAAGACACAAGGCGGUAAGAAAAUUAAAUUUUGACGAAGAGAAAACGUCACCGGUAUCGGGUACGAUAAUAAGAGAAUUGCGAGAUGACGAACCGCCGUUGGUCGUUCGAAAGGGUGACAUAGAUCCGGCAUUCAAUUUGGUGGAAGUUACCGAAGAAGCUAAAGCCGAAUUAGCAAAAAUAGAAAAUAAAAUUGGAGAUUACAUUUGUAGGCUUUGUAAGGAAAUGUACGAGGAUGCAUUCGCAUUAGCACAACAUAGGUGUUCGAGAAUAGUACACGUCGACUACAGGUGUCCCGAAUGCGACAAAGUAUUCAACUGUCCGGCAAAUUUAGCAUCGCAUCGUAGGUGGCACAAACCGAGAGGAGUUACAAAAAACUUUUCCUCGGGUUUAAAUCUCGAUAAGAAAACAUCGCAGGAAGAACAGGAAAACAGUACGUCCGACGAUGACAUUCCCUUUGCCUGUCAUCUAUGCAAUAAACGAUUCAAAAGGCAAGCUUACCUUAGAAAGCACAUGGAAACCCAUCAAAAUUCAACGGAACUUCCGGUACCGGUGGAAUCAUUUUGUAAUUUCGACUCGAAUACCAACAUACCACAACCAGGUUGA